AUGUUUUCUGCUAAUGCUAACGAUGAUGAUCAAUGUCUAUUGUAUUCUUUUGUGUAUGUUGUAAUUGAUUGUUCUGUAGACUAUGGUGAGAAUAAGGACCGAAGAGCAGGAAGAUGCUACCUCAGCACGGUUGGACAGGAUGGAAAGAAUGAUUAUAGAGGCGGAAACGCUACGACGACAACAACAGCAACAAUAGCCACAGCCGCCACCACCACCAGUACCCCCACCGUAGUGCAAGAUUUCCAUGCUGAGGACCGCACCAUUACACUUACGAAGGAGUUUAAAAAGAUGAAACCACCAUCGUUUAAAGGAGGAAUUGAACCAAUGAAGGCUGAGGGAUGGGUGUUAGGAAUAGAAAAAUUGUUCGAAGUUUUCCCCUGUACUGAAAUCCAAAAGGUACAGCUUGCUGCUUUUACUCUUGAAGAUGAAGCACGGAGGUGGUGGAUGCUUACAAGAAUAAUGCAUCAGGGGUUGACAUGGGACAGGUUUUUGGUGCUGUUUUAUGAUAAAUAUUUUCCCCAGAGUAUGCGAGACAAGAAGGUGACUGAAUUCGAAACAUUGAGACAAGGAAAUAAAACGGUUGCCGAAUAUGAAGCUCAAUUCGCGGAACUAGCCCGGUAUGCACCUCACAUGGUGGAUACAGAAUAUAAGAAGGCACGAAAAUUUGAAGGAGGAUUGCGGGAACGAGCUGUUAUAGCAGAAGGGAACAUUGCUGCUCAGACUCGGAUUUCUGAAUGGAAAGGAAAGAGGCAGAACAACCAAUGGGUCAAGGGGUCAACUACUCCACCAAACAAGAAGCAAAAUUCAGGGACUUCUAACACUACGACCUCUCCUCAAAAUUCAGCUCCUGUUUGUCCAGAGUGUGGGUGGAGGCAUCGAGGGAUUUGUCACCGAUUGUUUAGGGCAUGUUUUCGAUGUGGCAAAACGAGGCAUUUGAUAAAAGACUGUCCGCAAAAGAAUCAACAAACUGGUAAUAAGGCCGCCACAAGCUCAGCAGGGUCUACACCGGCUCCUAAUGCCAAGGCAAUUGCUAAACCCGCUAACAAUAAGGAUACUACGAGGCAAGGUAGGGUAUUUGCGGUGGUUCCGGGAGAUAACUUAGAUAAACCUGAAGAAGAAUUGACUUAUGUGUUGUGUGUAUCUUUACCUAUGGGAAAUUCCAUGAUCUGUACUUCUGUCUAUUCUGCUUGUGAACUUCUCAUUGGGGAUAUCCGUGUAUAUACUAAUCUAUUAACACCUGAUAUGACUUCUUUUGAUAUUAUUCUGGGGAUGGAUUGGUUGGGUGAAUAUAGUGCCACUAUCGACUGUCUGACAAAGCAAAUCCAAUUCCACCCUCCAGGGCAAUUAAAAUCUACUUUUCAGGGACAAGGAGGGACUCCUCCACCGUAUGUGAUUUCUGCGGCUAGGGCUUGUAAAUUAAUUCAGAAAGGGUGUCAAGGGUACUUAUCUAGUGUUUUGGAAGGGCCAACAAUGAAUGAGAAUAUUGGUGCGAUUUCAGUUGUCUGUGAAUUUCCAGACGUCUUUUCGGAAGAAUUACCAGGAGAAUUAGUGGACCGUGAAAUUGAAUUCACGAUUGAAGUGCUACCGGGAAUCCAACCCAUUUCUAAAUCCACGUAUCGAAUGGCACCAGUUGAAAUGAGGGAAUUGAAGACUCAGUUGCAAGACCUAUUGGAUAAGGGGUUUAUCCGCCCGAGUUUUCUCCGUGGGGUGCACCAGUUCUGUUUAUGA